GAAUUGAAGCCGAGGAGGAGCUGAAAAUGCAGAUUUAGCAUCAAGCACAGACACACACUAGCUCUUUCUCUCGGGUACACACAGCUCUGCACAUUCGCACCCCUGCCAGCCAGCCGGGCUGCGCGACUCCGCGGCUUGCCUGGCAGCCAGCUGCUAGUGGACAGCGCACAGAUUUGCUGUUUGCCGAGCUUCUCUUCUGCCUCUUUUGCUAUACAAAGAUUUUUUUAAAAAAAGAAAAACAGAAACAAAAACUACAUACCUAUUUUUUAUUUGCAUCUUCCUUCUUCGUCCCCUGCUCCACCACCCUGUGCACCUCGCAGCCCCACUUUUGACUCUCAAAGAAGGAUGGAGGGCGGUUGUGGAUCCCAGUGGAAGGCAGCCGGGCUCCUCUUCUGUGUCAUGGUUUUUGCGUCUGCUGAGAGACCCGUCUUCACGAAUCAUUUUCUUGUGGAGUUGCAUAAAGACGGAGAGGAAGAGGCUCGCCAAGUUGCAGCGGAACAUGGCUUUGGAGUCCGAAAGCUCCCCUUUGCAGAAGGCCUGUAUCACUUUUAUCACAAUGGCCUUGCAAAGGCCAAAAGAAGACGAAGCCUACACCACAAGCGGCAGCUGGAAAGAGACCCCAGGAUAAAGAUGGCCCUGCAACAAGAAGGAUUUGACCGUAAAAAGAGAGGGUACAGGGACAUCAAUGAGAUUGACAUCAACAUGAAUGAUCCUCUUUUUACAAAGCAAUGGUACCUGUUCAACACUGGGCAAGCUGAUGGAACUCCUGGGCUAGACUUGAACGUGGCCGAAGCCUGGGAGCUGGGAUACACGGGGAAAGGAGUGACCAUUGGAAUCAUGGAUGACGGAAUUGACUAUCUCCACCCAGACCUGGCCUACAACUAUAACUCUGAUGCAAGUUAUGACUUCAGCAGCAAUGACCCCUAUCCAUACCCUCGAUACACAGAUGACUGGUUCAACAGCCAUGGAACUAGGUGUGCAGGAGAAGUUUCUGCUGCAGCCAGCAACAAUAUCUGUGGAGUCGGCGUAGCAUACAACUCCAAGGUGGCAGGGAUCCGGAUGCUGGACCAGCCCUUUAUGACAGACAUCAUCGAGGCCUCCUCCAUCAGCCACAUGCCUCAAAUGAUUGAUAUCUACAGUGCAAGUUGGGGCCCCACAGACAACGGGAAGACAGUUGAUGGGCCCCGAGAGCUCACGCUCCAGGCCAUGGCUGAUGGUGUGAACAAGGGCCGUGGGGGCAAAGGGAGCAUCUAUGUGUGGGCCUCCGGGGACGGUGGCAGCUACGAUGACUGCAAUUGUGACGGCUACGCUUCAAGCAUGUGGACCAUCUCCAUCAACUCAGCCAUCAACGAUGGCAGGACCGCCUUGUAUGAUGAGAGCUGCUCUUCCACCUUGGCAUCCACCUUCAGCAAUGGGAGGAAGAGGAACCCUGAGGCCGGUGUGGCUACCACAGACUUGUAUGGCAACUGUACCCUGAGACAUUCUGGGACAUCCGCAGCUGCUCCGGAGGCGGCUGGCGUGUUUGCAUUGGCUUUGGAGGCUAACCUGGAUCUGACCUGGCGAGACAUGCAACAUCUGACUGUGCUCACCUCCAAGCGGAACCAGCUUCACGAUGAGGUUCAUCAGUGGCGACGGAAUGGGGUUGGCCUGGAAUUUAAUCACCUCUUUGGCUAUGGAGUCCUUGAUGCAGGCGCCAUGGUGAAAAUGGCCAAAGACUGGAAAACUGUCCCAGAGAGAUUCCACUGUGUGGGAGGCUCCGUGCAGAACCCUGAGAAAAUACCACCCACUGGCAAGUUGGUACUGACCCUGGAAACAAACGCAUGUGAGGGGAAAGAAAACUUCGUCCGCUACCUGGAGCAUGUCCAAGCUGUCAUCACAGUCAAUGCGACCAGGAGAGGAGACCUGAACAUCAACAUGACCUCCCCAAUGGGCACCAAGUCCAUUUUGCUGAGCCGGCGUCCAAGAGACGACGACUCCAAGGUGGGCUUUGACAAGUGGCCUUUCAUGACCACCCAUACCUGGGGGGAGGAUGCCCGAGGGACCUGGACCCUGGAGCUGGGGUUUGUGGGCAGUGCACCACAGAAGGGGUUGCUGAAGGAAUGGACCCUGAUGCUACAUGGCACACAGAGUGCCCCAUACAUCGAUCAGGUGGUGAGGGAUUACCAGUCUAAGCUGGCCAUGUCCAAGAAGCAAGAGCUGGAGGAAGAGCUAGAUGAAGCCGUGGAGAGAAGUCUGAAAAGUAUCCUGAGAAAGAACUAGGGCCAUGCUUCCGCCUUCACCUCCCUUUCCUCCCUGUCUCUGCCUCUCCUUGCUCCACAGUUCUGGCAGCCACCAGCCACCCAGAAAUUCCUGUUACCCCCACACAAGCAAUCCCAGCCUGGUCUGAAGCUUUGCUCGCUGUCAAUGAUUAUUUUCAGUACAAUGGAAGCAACCGUUUUUAUUCUGUAGCCCAAAUAUAGCGUUCCUACCAACAUCUAUGUCCCAUGUGUGACUCGACCUUUAUUUCUGUCCUGUAAAUGGGUGAUUAUACUGCACAUGAAACCAGGACAGCUCUGCCCUCGCUUUUGUUCAUAUCUGAGAAGAGAAGAGAAUGCAUCUAAAAAGCCACACGAGGUGACUCAAGAAUAUUUGUGGCCUCAGCUGAGAUGCUGAUAGAAAGUGAACUCCACAGCUCUAGCAUGGGGGUUGGAGGGUGGCUUGGAUUAAGCAAGACUAGUCAGGGAUAUAAACUGAGAUGCAUGAUGAGAAAGAUGUUGUCCCCAGGGAGCCCUAAAGCCCAAAUACUAGACAGGGUGAGGAAUUUUUAAAGGCAUGAGCAUUAAAAAUUUACUCCCAAUACCUAAAUCGUGUUCCUUCUGCUCUGCCAGGAUGACGUAAAAUAGAAACAUGUGGCUCUUCUGUCACCAGUUGCUGUUCUGUAUUGGGAUUGAACCCACUGGAGCAGCCAAAAUGGCCUCUUACAUUGAGUUCAUCCACACACCUGUAGUUUUCAGGUACUCUUUACACAGCCAUCCAAGAGAGAAACUACAAGGUUGGUCCAGCUGCUAUCUGGCAAAGAGCAAUUUACCAGUUUAGGAGCAUCCCUUUCCCUGAGUGGUUUUAGAACUCUUUGUUAUGACACAACCAAGAGGCAAGUGGUUUUUUUGGUUUAGUUUGGUUUGGUUUUUGUUUUGAUUUGUUUUUGACAGCUUUACCCACAGCAACCAGGGCUUUGAUUUCCCAAAACUAUCACUGGAGUGCAAUAUCUUCCUCCCUCAACUUGUAAUUUCACUGAUGUUUUGGGGAAAAUGGGUCACUGUUUGAGAAGAGGCCAGUGGAUGUAGGGAGCACAUCAGAAGACCUCUGGUUGCAAGGAGCUUGUUGCAUUGAGAGGGGCACGUGCCACCUCAGUACACAAGCCACCUCAGUACUCAAAGCCAGAAGGGAGCAAGAGACAACCUCUUUUAGGAAAGCACAUGUUGUCACCUUAGCAACCAUGAGAAUAUCUAGCAAGCACCCCAAAGGUGACAGCUGUCAACUUUAAAAGACACUGUUUCAUUCCCAGUUAUUACUAAAAUAACCCACUAUCAUUUGGUGUCCCCGCCCAAGGAUUGGCUUCCCUCUCAAAUCCCAGUGUCCGGUCCUCCUACCCCACUUCCCUGGAGCAUGUACAGAGCCUGGAGUUCCUUUGCUGAAGCCAGCAACUCAGAAGCACUGAGAUUCUGUUCCUUGGGGGCAACGUUAAAAGAGCGUUCUGGAAAGAUUUUUUUUCAUUCCUUUUCUCCCCCCCUCCCGUUUUACAAUGGAUUUUGUCUUCUCGACACCUUGUAACUUUCCAUGUAUCAUGCUUUUGAGUGUAAUAAUGUUUAUGAUUUCUAAAAGAAAUUUAUUACUUGUUGCAAAGGUCUUUUUAAACUACCUUAGAUUUAAAGAAAAAAUGGUAAUCAUUGAAAAUUCAUUUCACAUUAAUGGUCUGGAAAUAAAACCAAAGGACAUUCUGUGUGCACGUAUGCAUAAAUGCACACAGAAAUAUAUAUAUACAUAUGUAGACUAUAUACAUGUGUAUAUGUGUGUAUAUAUACUUGUAUAAAUGUACAUACACACAUAUACCUAAAUAUGUGUGUAUUCUGUAUGUAUUGAAGACACAGAUGCCAUAUACAUCUCUAAAAGAGUAUUCAGAAAAUAUCAAAAUGAUUCCGGCUGAGUAGGCCGGUAGAGAUUCAGGUGAAAUGUCUGUCCAUCUCUUCCCAUUAUGACACCUCUGUAAUUUUGAAGCUCUCUGUAUAAACAUUAAACGUCUUAUAUCAGCAGCAGAAAUAUAAAAUAGUUGUCCAUAUUUUCACAUUUGUGGUAUAAUUUAUUAAAUUAAAGAGUAACUUAUCUGCUUCUUAAUAGAAAUGGCAAAUUUUGAUAUGAAUAUGUAGUAUAUAAAGACAUAUAGUGCUAAAUAUAACUAUUUGGUCUCUAUUUCAUUUUUGGCAUCAGUAUUAACACCAACUGUCUAGCUAGUGAUGUUUUUUAUGAUGCCCCUGAGUCUGAUGCAAGAGACAGUCAUUUAUUUUAAAAACUGAAAAGCAAGUGACUAACAAUCAGGUUAACAUUGUUACUCCCUGUGACAAAAAUUUUUAAAUACAUUUAAAAAUAUAUGUUGUAAAUGAGGAGGCUCAACAAUAAAAUAUACCUUCCAGAAAAAUA